UUUCGGCCUUAGUAAAGGAAACUAGAUACUUAAUGUUAGUUUGGUAUCCAUCUGAGUAACGAACACACGCACAGGUUGACGGAAUGCUGUAGUUUAGUAUUUGGUUUAGAAAUGAGAGUCCUUGUUGUUGUUUUUGUGAUUUGUAGGUUAUGUGUGCAAGGUGAUGAUACCGGGUCGCCGGCCGGGUUGAUGGCGGAAUGUCCUGGUAUGAACAAGACUACAAAACUAUCGGAUAAAACAAAAGAAUCCCUAACUGUGGUAGUCAUCUAUCCCUCAUCAAGUCUGCUCGGACACUCGGAGAUACGAUGUAAACUGAGUGAAGAGGGCGCUGGCUGUGCUGCGAAAGACAUCGACUUGAAGAAGAAAACGCAGGUGCUGAUCAGUGGCUACAUGGAUGGAUCCUUCUCGCCUCUCGUCCGCGCUUUGGUCGGCCAAUACCUUGAGUUGGGACGGAAUGUGAUCGUCUUAGAGAUUUUCCCCAUUUUGGUGAGGACGUACCCUAUAGCUGCUCGCGUCACAAAACCUCUUGGUGAGCUGCUGGGAGAGUUCUUAGCUAAUCUCACUUUCCGUGGCCUGUCCUCAAAGAGGAUAGAGCUGGUGGGAGCCAGUCUCGGUGCCCACAUCGCGUCUCACGCGGCCGUGGCGUACAGGCAGCUGACCGGCCGACGACCCGCUAGGCUUACAGGUCUAGACCCAGCGGGCCCUUGUUUCCGCUCCGUGCCGCCCACGGCUCGCCUGCACGCGGACGCCGCGCACCGAGUGGACGUGCUGCACACCAACAUUGACGGAUUCGGUAUCGCCGAACCAUUGGGACAUGUCGACUUCUACGCUAAUGGAGGUGAAUACCAACCAGCGAUAAAAAGUAACUUCAUAAUGCCGUGCUUCCAACUAUGCAGCCACAUUCGAUCAGGAUUCUACUGGCUGCUUUCCUUCACAAACCCAGACAAAUUCGUCGCAGUACAAUGCAAAUCAGUAGCAGAUGCAAGGCACGGGAAUUGCUUUGACGGAACAAUAAAAACCAAUGUUCUCGGUCCAAGAACUAAUUUUACUAACACUGGAAUAUUCUACUUGCCUACAAAUGCAUCAACGCCGUAUUUUCUUGGGUUGGAUGGCUUAAAGAAGAGGAAGUAUGGAGUCAAUGAUUACUUGUUAAUACCGGCACCUGAUGAAGAUGUCACUAUUUAGUUUUAAUUGAAAUAGUCAAUUGAUCUUCUUUUAUUUAAACCAGGAUUGUAGAAUCGUGCGUGACAUUAUGUAUGGUGGUGAUCUUCAAGUGUUUUUUUGUCAGUGCAACUUGAGCUUUAUGGCUUUGUAGAUCAACCAUACGAUAAAAAGCGUUAUAGCUACUAGCAUUGAACUCAUAAUCGCAUGAAUUCGAUAAUUCCCACCUCUCCUACCAAAGAAGUAAAUAUUGUAGGUAGAUAUCGGAAUGCAUACAGUGUGACAUUUUUUUUAUUCUUAAUUCAUGAUAAAAAAUGCCAUUUCAUGUUCAAAUCGCAUUAUUUAUUGACGACUUACUUCAGCUUUAAG